CACGGCGGAUUUUACGAAACUUUCACGUCGGAUAUCGGAGCUGGUAAAGACGUGUUUUCAGAACGGCUUACAAGUCAAAAUGGUGACUCCGCACAAAAUAUCACUUUUGAUUUUGAUUUAUGAAUAUUCAAAUUAUGGGAAAUCAGCUAAACUCUCUGGAAGGAAAAAGUGGAAUCCUCGAGUCUCGCGAAACUUUGCGAGGUCUGUGCUGGAAUGGAUUCAGGGAUCUGACAUGGAAUAUGACGAGUUUGUUACCAAGGUGAAGGUGAUUCAUCCAGAAUUAGAAUUGGCAUUCAAGGAAUGUUUGCGAGAAAUUACAACCAGUAGUCUUUCGUCGAUGGAUGAAUUCUUCUCUUCGCUCAACAAACUUCUGGACAGCUCCAACGGGGAAGCGCCGGUCCAUAGACAGAGUAUCAUAGGCAUGUUCCUGCGGCGUAUGGUGCUGACAUACGACAAGCUAUCCUUCAGCCAGACCAUGCGACUCUACUCCUCUCUCCAGAAGUACAUCAAUUGCAGCUCCUCAUCGGGAGAGUCUAUGACCACCACCAUGGCGCGUGAGGACCAGAGCAUUGCAGACCGUUCGGAUGAUGAUAUCAGUGAGGUUGAUAUGGAUGUGAGUAUGGAGACGGACGGGACGCAGAUGACAAGGGGUGAACUGGAAGGAAUCAGUAUCGGCAAUGUCCAAGAAUCACAUAUUGGUCUACCCUCUGAGAAGACAUACACGCACCGCCAAGCAGAGCACUUCAUCGCCCAACAAGCCAACUUCCUACAGAACGAUGAGUCAAAGGCGCUACCUCCAGAUGUUCUUCAGAAACAAAUAAAUGAACUUGCUCUAAAAAACCCAGACCUAGCAGAAACGUAUUACUUGUCGUACCUCAACUGCCUCCGUAUCAAAGAGUUCUGUGGCGCUGUCCACAACCUCCACUGCUACUUUGAUCACAUGAUGCCGCAGGUCAAAGGUGACUCGAACGGCAACAACAACAACAACGACCAGGAGCAGGUUCGACAGAACUUCCGUUAUGCUGCCCUCAAUCUGGCUGGCUUGCACUGCCGACUGGGUCACAAAGAUGAAGCCAUGUUGGUUCUCAAGGAGGCUAUACGAGUUGCUCACCAAGCGAAUGAUAAUGUAUGUCUCCAGCAUGCAUUGGGUUGGUUAUAUCGGCUAGAGCAGAAGCAAGGUCUGGACAUCUCAGAGACACUGGAUCACUCUAUCGCCAAAUCAGUUGAACUUCAUCUUCCUUACUUGACAUGUCUAGACAUGCAGAACCACACAAGGAAUCUAGCAUUACGUGGUGUUGAACCGUCAAGUGUGUUUUACUUCCUGGCCCGGACGGAUGCAGUCAACUGCCAGCACAACCAGCCCCAACUGGUUUCAUCCAGUUUAGCCCAGCAGUCGGCUCUCUGGUUUAUGUACGGACACAGAAAUAUGUCAUCUCUCAGCGAUCAGCUCCUCCUUAACAUGUUCUCCACCCAAAGCCCAAGCACCGGUGCCGCCGUGGACAGCGAGUCCUUCUGUCUCGUCAUCUGCAACCAGGCUAGGCAUCAGGCCGAUAGAGGGCAGUAUUCAAUAGCUGGGGAUAUCCUCAAGUUUGCAAAGACCAGGUUUCCUCCGUCGACCUCGCAUGCCAAGAUAUGGCAGGAAUGCGAGCAUGAGAUAGCGUUCCAGAGGGCGCUCUUUCGCAUGGACUGGGUAGCGGCACAGGAGGCUAUCAACAAUCUAGCAGCAAUUGAUAACAUCGCAUUGGAUCUGAAGAGAGCAAUUCUUCAGGUGUGUAAAGGUGAACGCACUCAAGCCUUGGAAAAGCUUCGCCGCCUCAUCAAUAAAUACAAGGAGAACAAGGAUGGGUUUACACCAGAAACACAUGCAAGGUCUCUACUGGUCCUGGCUCAAAUCCACAUUCUCUCAGAUGAAGUCAUUAAGAGUAUCAGCUACCUCCAAGAAGCAUGGUAUAUCUGCCAUUACGGUCAUCUCACAUACCUUGCUGCCAUGGCAACGGCUCAUCUUGCCCAAACACAGAUUUUGUUGUCGAUGCCAAACCACGCCAUGGUCCUCCUGAACAGUAUUCUCCCGACCAUCUUGACCAAUGGCUCUCUCUAUGACAGAUGGUGUGUCCAAUUCUUGCUAGCUAGGUGUCAGUGCCAUUUAGCCUGUGACGGAAAUCAGGAAUCUAGCCAGAGAAAAACUUUAUUGUUAUCAGCUGUCCAACUUUUGAAUCAAGUCUCCGAGGGCUUCAGGACUCUAGGAGUGGAGUAUAAGAUCAAGGACGUUGCCUAUCUACAGGUUAGUUAAUGUUCUAAGUGCUUGUUUAGAUGGUAAAUAAUCGUUAUUUGUUUGGCGCCACCUGUGCCUGGGAGGCAAAAAGCGAACAUAAUGACUAUGAACCACAGGGCCCCUUACAAAGAGUCACGAUUUAUCCAAUCAUUUGUAACUAUGGAAAGCCAACAACGUCAACAUCUAUUAUGCAUGAUUGUUCAAAA